GAGUUACAGUAUGUAUCACACGAGUGUUGAAGCAACAGUAAGGUGCUCCUCGCGUUAACGUAAUCGCGUGUUUCAAAUAAUUGAAGUACUGCGUUUAUACCUUUAUACGCAAAGUUGCACCAACAAUAUUAUCUUCAAUAUUAUUUCAAUAUUAUCUUAAAAAUGAAAAGUGUAAUAAACAUCUUCAUAUGUAAAGGCAUUAACUCAUCUGUUAGACAUGCGCAUUAUAUUGCAAUCUGACAAUAAAAAAAAAAAAAAACAAACAAACGAUAUAAUAUCUAAUAAUUCAUUCACUUUAUCUGUUGGUUAUAAUAGAUUUAUUAUAAUAGUGCGCGAUAACAAAAUUAAUAUAUAAUUGCCGAUAAACGUUGCUGAAUAUUUCAUUAUUUAUGUAAAGUACCAUAAAUUUGCGUGUUGAUUGUGAAUCUAAUAAUGUGUUAAUUGUGAAUCUAAUAAUGUGUUAAGCGUGCAGUCUCAUUAUUUUGAAUAUUAAUACAGCUUAUAAAAUGUUCGGAGUCGGCCGUAAGAGGAAACUUGCUAUGACGAAAAAGAAGAGAAGCAUCGAAGUAGAGAAAAGCGGAUGGUAUCGACAGCUACGGAUACCCCGAUGGAAACUGAAUCAACCCGAUGCCUAUGUCUACGUUUCCCCCGAUUACACUUUUGACAACACCAGAAAGGAUUCUAAUUCUACUUAUUAUCAUGACUUCCGAGACCGCAGAAUGCUUCAGCAGCAAGAUCAGCCGCGCAGCAAUCAUAUGGCGAGCAUGAUGCCAUGGCUGGUGUCAAUGUUGCUCUUGAGUGCUCCAAAAUUUGCCGCUCAAACAGGUCCCAGUAUCUUAUCCAGAGAACUUCAAGCACCUGCGUUGCCAUUAACUCCGUCUAUUUCUAGUUCACAAUUUUCUUCGAUACACACUGUCAAUUACAAAGGUCCUGUAUCAUCUUACGCACAUACUGGCACAAAAAAUUGUGAUUCUCAUGAAAAUCCACUGGAGAAAAAAUCAACCUCAUCCACAAAUGUAGGCAAUAUUUACGGAUCGCUAUCGCGACAUCAUGUUGCUAUAUCCAACUUGGGAAGAAGCGAUAAUUUGAGACCUACUGCAAGAGCUAUUGACAUAUUUCACACGGAUCCUCAUUCAAUCAAUCAACUGGACUUUCAUGGUUUCGGCGAUGUUUUGAAGCCGGGAUACAUUGUAAAUGAUUAUGUGGGACCUGCUAUGGAACUUAUAUAUGCUUGGUCCACAAUUGAUUUUGAGUUUGAGACUAUCGAUGCACGAGACAAUGCCAUAUUCGAAGGUGAUUACGUAGCGGAAAAUAAUUUACCUUUAGGCCUAGACGUUUGGCGUGACAAAGUUUUUAUCACUUUACCAAAAUGGAGAUCUGGUAUACCAGUGACCCUGGCUACUGUUCCAAGAUAUUCGAAAACAAAGAGUCCCAAAUUGAAACCGUAUCCUAACUGGCAAUGGCAUCAAGCAGGAAACUGCGAAGGAUUAACGUCAGUCUUUCGAGUCCAAGUUGAUGAAUGCAAUCGGCUGUGGAUCCUCGAUUCCGGCAAGACGGAGCUCGCCAAUAGAUCCAAACAAGUCUGUCCACCCGCCAUAUUCAUCUUCAAUUUGCGCACUGACACCCUCAUCCGGAAGUACACCUUACCGAACGAACAGAUCAAACAAGACUCUUUGUACAUCAACAUCGCAAUAGAUAUUAGAAACAACGAUUGCAGCUCAGCAAUAGCCUAUCUGACUGACGUCUGGCGAUUCGGUAUCGUGGUAUACGAUUUCUUCAAAGACUCCACUUUUAGAGUCGAGCAUCCCUUCUUCUAUCCCGAUCCACUGGCGACUAGAUACGAAUUACAUAGUACAAAGUUCCAGUGGACCGACGGAAUAUUUGGAAUCGCGCUCAGUCCCGUGGACAUUUACAAUGACAGAACGCUGUUCUUUCAUCCAAUGUCCAGUUUCCGGGAGUUUGCCGUGUCCACGUCGGUUUUCAGGGAUAAGAGAACCGUGGAUCGUAACUCGGAGAAGUUUAUGCCUGUCGGAAAACCAAGGGCCAAGGACUAUGGUCAUUCUUCCGGAUCGGCAAUCGAUAGAAACGGUGUGAUGUUCUUCAACAUGGUCACUAGGGACUCUGUGUGGUGCUGGGACACCAGGAAAGAGUAUAUUCCGCAGAAUCUUGGAGUGAUUGGAACCAGUAACGUGUCGCUGGUGUUUCCAAAUGAUAUUAAAGUGGAUCACGAAGCGGAACAGAGUGUGUGGCUGAUCUCGAAUCGAUUGCCGAUGUAUCUGUACGGAACUUUGAACAGUGGAAGUAUUAAUUACAGAGUAUUCAAGGCAAAUGUCAAAGAGGCCGUCAGAGACACCGUCUGCGAUCCUAAUUAUGUAGUUCCAGACUCGGAUCCGAACCUCGAUGAUACAUGUUAAAAAUUCUUUUUUCAUCUUUUAAAUUAACAUUCGAUGGAUAAGUUGAUGAUGACUUUUUCGAUAUGAUCAGAAAUAUCUUUCAUGUCUAAGCAAUAAAACAUAAAAUAUUGAACUUUUUUCAUACAAAUCUCUUUCUAUAUUUCUUAUUUUAAAUGUAUUUAUUAUCAUAUCGCUGAUUGUGUUAAUAAGACAAUAUGUAACGUUAA